AUGCUCUUACCUACCACCUAUACCCUGGCGCUGCUCCAGCUCCUGCGCUCUUUCCCGGUAGUCUCUGCAUGCCCAGACCACGACAGCAACGAUCACGAGCACGCUCUGAAUCACGGACACAGUCAUACUCACGCCGCGGCGCGACGAGCUGAGCCGUCAAUCCUGCUCGCGCCCCCGACGCGCCCGCUCGAAUGGGGCGAUAUCAACUUUAUACAUACGACGGAUAGCCAUGGGUGGUUGUUGGGCCACCAGAAGGCGUCCUUCCCGGAGCCUAACUAUAGUGGUGAUUUUGGAGAUUUUGCAUCGUUCGUGGCGCAUAUGAAGGAAUUGGCACUUGAACGCGACGUGGAUCUUCUGCUUAUUGAUUCGGGUGAUUUGCACGAUGGAACUGGGCUGACGGAUGGGUUUCCACCUGGUGGCAUCGAUGCGCAUGAUGCUAACCAGUUUAUUAAAAAACUUCCUUACGAUGUGAUGGCUAUUGGAAACCACGAACUGUAUUUAUAUCCCAACGCGCUCGAUAUGUAUGUCCAUUCUGAUACUCAACAAACACUCAAAAUUCUAAUCGAUAUCGCGGUGUACAGGCACCAAAACUUCGCUCCGAGUCUGAAAGGCCGAUACCUCACUUCGAACGUGAACAUCACCCUCCUCAACGACGCAGGCCAGGUCGUCUCUGUGCCCAUCGGAGAGCGGUUUGUAAAGUUCAAAACUAGAAAAGGACGGAAAGUGACGUCGUUGGGUGUUCUAUUUGAUUUUACGUCGAAUGAUCGGAAUACUACGGUGCAGAAGGUGGUGGAUAUGGUUCAGGAGUCGUGGUUUCAUGAAGCUAUUCAGGAGGAACCGGACUUUUUCUUGCUUGUUGGACAUAUGCCUGUUUCGCGUGAUGAUUGGCCUCUGGUGUUCAAUCCUAUCCGCGCGCUCCAUCCCACCACCCCAAUUCUAAUCUUUGGCGGCCAUACACAUAUUCGUGAUUGUUUGCAGUUUGAUGGUCGUUCGAUGUCGUUGGAGAGUGGAAGGUAUAUGGAAACUGUUGGAUGGCUAAGCGCGAAACUUGAUAAGAAAGGGAGUACGAAGAAUAUCACGUUCAGCCGUAGAUAUCUUGAUCCCAAUCGUGUCACGUAUGAAUUCCACACGAGAAAAACUGAACACAACUUUGAUACACCUCUGAGGAAGAGUAUCACGAAGGGCCUGAACGCUUUGGCUCAGCGAUUUGAUUUGUCGUUCUUGUUUGGUACUGCGCCGCAUGAUUUUACUAUAAGCCGAUCGCCGUACACUUCUGAGACGUCUCUUCCGCGUCUCUUUAUUGAACAGGCCGUUCCAGUAGCAUUAGCCAUCAACAACACCCGAGCCUCAAUCCCCAAUCUCAUCAUCUCCAACACCGGAUCGCUGCGCUUCGACAUCUACGCUGGAGAAUUCACAAAGAACGACCAGCUGACAAUUUCACCUUUUACUAAUGGGUUUGUGUACAUCCCUAAUGUACCGCUUGGGCUGGCGAAUCGGGUUGUCCCUGCGCUGAAUGACCCUGAGCAGGCGAAUGUGAAGAGGCAUUAUCAUGGGACGUUGGAGUAUAAGCGUAGGUUGGAUGAGGCGUUUAGGAGGUAUGGUGUUGAGAGGCGGGAAGCGGCGAAUUUGACGCUUGGAUAUGUCACCUCCGACUCUUGUCCAGGAAUAGGCGACGACAUCAUCCACGCGCCUCUACCCUCGUUUGAUGUUCCGGACUACGUCAGCUCGGUCCCGCCGCAGCUGGCGGACGACGCGCCCAUCGACCUCGUCUUCCGCGACUUUGACGAGCCGGCGGUACUGCAGAUUUUGAAUUCGGCACAGACGACGACGGAGUAUACCCCUGAUGAUGUGUUUUCGUACAGCCCAGUGCUGGCGACGCAGGUUUUGGGGCUGUAUGCGCAGGCUGCGUGGAAUUGA